AUGAAAAACAGAUGUUCACCAGAGGCAUUACUAUCUAUAAUCAUUGGGAUGAGCAAAGAACAAAAAGAAUUUGUAAGAUCUAUGGGUUUUGGAGCUUUGUUAAUAAUGAAAAUCACAGAUAUACCACUGAAACUGGGAUUUUAUGUUCUUCAAAAAUUUGAUUCUGAGAGAAUGGUGAUAGAUAUUGAAGGAAAGGAACUGAAAGUAACAGCAGAGUCUGUUCAUGACAUGUUGGGCAUACCAAUUGGGGGAACCAAACUUACACAACUGGAUCAAUGGCCUAAGGAUGAUACAAGUUAUGAUGAAUGGAAGCAGCAAUUUAAAAAAGAUUCAAUCAUCCGACUGAGUGCAAUCAAAAAUGUUAUUGUUUCUACCACACAAGCUGAUUUCAAUUUCAAAUUGAACUUCUUAGUUCUUUUUGUCAACACGUUUUGCGAGUCAAUAUCAAUAGGAAGAUGCAACUUGUUUCCCUUGAGUUAUAUGAUUGUUGAAGAAAAAACUAAAAGCACAACACUUUUUAAUUUUCCAAAUAAAGAGGGAAAUGGUGAAGAAGACAGUGAUAAUGAUGCAAGUCAACCAGAAGUAGAUUAUUUGCUUGAUUCGAAUGAAGCGGAGAAUGCAGGAAUAAAGAAUGAUGCAGAUAAGAAUAAAAAAGAAGGGUCACCAAUGAGUACAGGUAAAACUAAUACUCUUGUAGAAAAGGAAAAAUCAGAAGGUGUACAUAAACAAGGAACAAAAGUUGAAAAAACAAAGGGAGAUGAUACAGGCAAGGAAAACUCUGAAGAUAGAAAUAAAGGAGGAAUAGAAGCUAAGAACACGAAAGAUCGAGGUGAAGAUAAACAUACAAAAAUUGAGAAAGGAAAUGCAGAAGAUAAAGGAAAGAAAAAGUCAGAAAAUGAAAACAAGAAAGGAGAAAAAGCUGACAAGACAAAAGGAAAUAAAGGAGAUACUCAUCGAAGCUUUAGUCUAGGUCUCAGUCAAGAUUCAGAUCAAACUUCAUCAAAGAAAAAUGCUCUUAAUCCAAAUCCAAUCCGUGUAUCAAUUCCUACUGAAGUAGGACCAUCAAAGCUUGAUCUGGAUAAACCAAGAGAGAAGAAGCUUGCUGAUGCUUUCAAAUCACUUUUCAAAUGCAGAAUAACAGACACAAAACCCAAACUGACACAUCAGGAGAGUAUUAUCUGUGAAUGGUUGUUCAACUUACAAGGCAAUACAUCGUAA